UGUCGGCUAUAACACUCCGUAGCCCAGCACAAUGCGUGUCAGAGAUCUGUCUGUGCGACACAAGAGUAGAUGUGUGCUCCUAAUCUAGUUUAUCACUGAACUGCGAGAUUCGAGAAAACACGACUCACACCACAACCUAAGUCAACGCGAGGCUUUCCAAGUGUGGGAUAAAAUGCCGGCGAUUAUAGGUAAAAAUUCCGAUAUGGAGUUCGACUCUCUACAACCCUGCUUCUACCCGGGUGAGGAUGACUUCUAUUUCUGCGGUCCCGACUCUGCGCCACCCGGAGAGGACAUCUGGAAGAAAUUCGAGUUGCUGCCCACGCCGCCCCUCUCCCCGAGCCGAGCGGCGCUACCGGGGGAGCUGGCCUUCGCGUCCGGGGGGGACAGGGGCGACUCGGCAGCAGGUCCAAUGGGUUUUGGAUUAGGCGACCCGCUGGGCUGCGACUGGGCUUCAGAGCUCCUGUUUCUGCCCGAAGACGAUAUUUGGGGCGCGUCGGACGGAGACCUGUUCGGCGGCUGCUCCGCUUUGGAUAGUAACCCCAACUCCAUUAUCAUUCAGGACUGUAUGUGGAGCGGCUUCUCGGCCAGGGAAAAGCUCCAGAGGGUGGUCACAGAAAAGCUAGGCAAAGCCAUCUCCACCGCGGCUGCCUGUGGAGUUAGUAAAAAUGUCACUACCGCCGCCGCCAUCACAACCAAGGCGCCGGAGCUGAGUGUGGACCCCACCAUAGUCUUCCCUUUUCCCAUCAACAAAAGAAACGGUAGCAGCAGCAGCAGAUGUUCGCCUGGGACGGCCCCCGCCACUUCUGCCCACUGUAGCGCAGAGGAAACUCCGAGCGACUCUGAAGAAGAUGAUGAAGAUGAUGACGAAGAUGAGGAGGAAGAUGAGGAGGAGGACGAUGACGACUCAGACGGCGAAGAGAUCGAUGUGGUCACUGUGGAGAAGCGGCGUGGCUUGUCGCCCAUGGCAACUGGCACGGUCACCAUCUCGGUGAGGUCGAAGACGGGCACCGCUUCUGGGGCCGUGGCCUCAUCUGGUGUCGUGAGCCGAUUCGUCAGCAACCGGGGGUCUGCGGGGUCAAACUGUCAUGGGCAGGAGUUGAUUCUCAAGCGGAGCUCGGUCCACCAGCAGCAGCACAACUACGCUGCUCCCUCGCCGUACGCCUCCGACGACGACCACGCGCCCCCCUCCAAGAAACACAAGUCCUCUAACGCUCCUCGUCAAUACUCCCGUGCCCCCUCUUCAUCAUCAUCAUCAUCAUCACUAUCAUCCUCAACAUUCUGCGGCUCCCUGACUGUGCCAUCAUCAACAAUGGCGGGUUCUAGAUCCAAACGCCACGCCAGCGGUGCCAGUAGCCCACGCGGCGGCUCCUCCGGUAACUCCGACUCCGAAGACUCCGAACGGCGGCGAAACCACAACAUCCUUGAACGCCAGCGGCGCAACGACCUGCGCUCAAGUUUCCUCACGCUCCGCGAUCAUGUGCCCGAGCUGGCGAGGAACGAGAAGGCGGCCAAGGUGCUGAUCUUGAAGAAAGCGGCGGAGUAUGUGUCGUCGCUGGAGACGGACGAACUGCGGCUGACUCAGGAGAAGGACCGGCUGCAGGCGCGGAGGCAACAGCUAAUGAAGCGACUUGAGCAGGCCAGGACUUGCUAAAACUUUUUAGUGGCACAUGACGCAUACAUAUACAUAUACACACAGACAUAGACACACAGACAUAGACACACACACACACACACACACACACACACACACACACACACACACACACACACACACACACACACACACACACACACACACACACACACACACACACACACACACACAGGCACACACAGGCACACAGGCACACAGACACACACACAUAGACACACACACAUAGACACACACACAUAUAAAAAAUGCUUUUCUUAAAACUGCAUUGUUGGUUAAGGGCUUGUAAGUAAGCAUUUCACUGUAGUAUUCGGCGCAUGUAACAAAUAACAUUUGAUAUAUACACACGGACACACACACACACACACACACACACACACACACACACACACACACACACACACACACACACACACACACACACACACACAUAUACACUCAGACACACCCAGAUGACCCCCCUCGCUUUGUCUCAACUUAUAUAUAUGUAUAUACACACACACACGCGCACACACACACAAACACGUGAGUGACAAAUGACGGGGUGGAUGGGACAUUCACUGACGCCACUUUUUUUGCACAUUUGUUGACGUUAAGAAUGUUUAGGGUUCUACGUUUUUUCAAUCCGGUCACAUUGAGAAGAAGGAAAGAAGAGAAUAGAAGGAGGGAGGAGAAGGAAAGAAGAGAGGGAGCCUCUCUCUAUUUCUUGUUGUUUCUUGUUGUACUCAAUGUGACACUUAUAGCCCUAACCCAAACCAGGUGACUUUCAAAGGGGUCUUGUUCAUGAGGUCACAUCGUGGCAAAAUGUUUUGCAACGGAAAGUGAAAAUAAGCAUUUCUCAAUGGACACGAUCAGGUAUUCCCUCUCUGUUUCAUUCCAUUUUGCUCCAUUGUGUGCCUAAUGAAUACACACUGGGCAUAGCAUCAGAGUUGGUUGGAGAGUUCAAAGUUCACAUUUAGUAGCAGAAAAUGCUUUCUACGCCUUCACCACUGCAAACGGAAGACACUAGUACACCAGGAAACCACGGUAUAAUGUGCACCUUGCUAGCCGACACUUUUGUAAAUAACUACUGUAAAUAACAGACAAAUACACUCAGAAUCUGCCUUGUUUUAUAUACAUUUUUAUCUUUGAGUUUUUAUACAUUUUAUGUCCAAAAGCUGCCAAUAACUAGACUGGAAACUUUAUUAAAAAAGUACUGCAAUGCCUCGAGGGCAACGAAACUUUGUAAUAUAAAACUUUUUUUCCCCCUGCUUUGUAUUGUACCAUGAUUCUAAUUCUACACCUUUAUUACCCUUUAGUGUGACUGUGAUACAUACUAAAUUUGAUAGUUAUAUUUUCGUACGGAAAAUGAGUUCUCGGUAGAUAUCUCUUUAUCUCGUCCAUUUUUCUUCCUCUCUCUAUCAAAAAUGUGUUUUAUCACCCUUUCUCUUUAUUUCUCUCCAUUUGUUUAAAUAUUUGUAACUGUCGGGUUUAUAGAACUUUCUGGGUGAGCGGAUAUAAGAUGGUUUUUUUCAUUCAUAUAAUUUACAUGUAGUGCUCCAACUCAGCACUUUGAAAUACCUCAUUUUGACAAAUAAAUAGACAUUGAAAAUCAA